GUCGCGUAUCACGCAGUACGAUGUGUGGUUCUGAACUACUAUUAAAAAGUAACGCGUACAUUCACCAUAUGAAUGGUGUGAUUGGUAUGAUGAUUUCCUCCUUUUAAUGGGGUGAUUGUAAUAUAAUCGGGUACUCUAUUUUACCCCCAUUAGAUUGACUCCACCCACUAACAAGUAACAACUCUUUCAAAAUUCCAGGAAAUGUUCUACGGCUCGAGCUGACAUCUGUCUGCCUGCUGCGGAAGGAAACAAGGAGGGGUCAGAAAGAGAGAGAAGGGACCAUAGAGAGAGAGAGAAACGUUAACAGUUUCAAAACUCGACGGAAUUAGAGUUUCAAACUUCAAUAAUUUGAUCACCUAUCGUUAUAGACGUGUUAUAAGACUGGUCGGCCUUUAUCGUUUUUUUUGUCUUGUCAGUGUUUGCGUUCUUGUUUUUCCUGGAUUCAUUGCGUGGUGAGUCAAACUAUUUUUAUACUUCCGGCACACCAUACACUCACAGUGUUCGUUAAAAAUUUUUUUUUAAAAAUGAUUUGAAUAUGAGCUGAAGUUGGUAGUCCCUGGGUUACACCUGAAUAGGCCUACUGUACACUUACCUUGUGAGGCAGUUGUCUAAACCACCAGUUAGCGAGGGGAGUUGGCCAGUUUACGUUUUGCCUGCGAUUUAAUUUUAACACUGGUGUGUGUGAGAGAGAGAGAGAUCGAGAGAGAGAGAGAGAUGCGCAGUUGGCUAUGGCCAAACUUGGAUACUUUGGUAGGGCUGUACUGACACGGGCCGUAUUCAAUGGGCUAAAGCGGUUUUGAAUCGUGCAGACUACUUUAGAAACCUAACCAGCCAGUUUCACAUUCUCACUUCACACUCUCUCCCAUGACGUACGGCUGAAGAAGUUACACAGUGUUUAGUCAUAAACCUGUGGGUAACUACACACACACACACACACAGAGGGACUGUUUUAUGGGCGGCAAACGGCAGAAGCAUUUUUUCCAGCUGAUAUUUUUCACUGUUGCUUAGCACUGGAGAUGUGACGUAAUGGCAUGUUUUAAGGUGGAGGCCUACACCCAAACUAUCCCUGUUCGUGGGAGUUUAGAGGCCUACUCCCUAACUGUGGGAACUCCCAUAAUGAUCAUUGCAAGUUAAAUGACCUAUAUAAACUCUACUCUAUAAACUCUCUCUCUGUCUUUCUCUCUGUCAGUGAGCUCUGUAGUGUUUAGUGUAUGUGAUAAUGUGUGGCGUAUGUAAUAGUAUAAUAGUGGUUAUUGGAAAUGUUACAUUUGGUUGUGAUGUUUGUAUGGUUGUGAUGUAUGGUUGUGAUGUUUGCAGUGUGUGUAUGUGUGGUUGUGCUGCAGUGAUGUGUGUGUGAACCACAGAUAUAAGCAGAAACAUAUGGAAACCCUUGCCGAAGACCAAGACAAACAAAAACUUCACAAAAUGUUGUGAUAAUAUGUUCACAUACUGUUCUGAACUGUUUGGGUGGGAAGCAUGUUGACGCGUUAAGACUCCUGUCUUAGUUCUGGUUGAAUGGGCCAUAACCACUUCUCUCUCUCGCUCUCCCUCCUCCCCUCUCUCUCUCUUUUCUCAUCCUCUCAAUUCAAUUUCAAUUUCAAUUUAAGGGCUUUAUUGGCAUGGGAAACGUGUGUUAACAUUGCCAAAGCAAGUGAAGUAGAUAGUAAACAAAAGUGAAAUAAACAAUAAAUAUUAACAGUAAACAUUACACUCAGAAGUUUCAAAAGAAUAAAGACAUUUCAAAUGUCAUAUUAUGUAUAUAUACAGUGUAGUAACAAUGUGCAAAUAGUUAAAGUACAAAUGGGAAAAUAAAUAAACAUAAAUAUGGGUUGUAUUUACAAUGGUGUUUGUUCUCUCUCUCUCUCUCUCUCUCUCUCUCUCUCUCUCUCUCUCUCUCUCUCUCUCUCUCUCUCUCUCAGACAGUAUGUCUCGGUCUGACUUCCCCCCGGGUUACGAUGACUCUCAUGCCCCCCUCUAUGGCCCCCAAGGUGGUAACUACCCCCCUCCCCCCGCCUACGGCUUCCCUGCCUAUGGAGGUCCCCCAUCAGGCCAGCCCUCAGCCACCUAUCCCUCUGGUCCCCAUGGACCUCCAUACCCCGGCCAGCCUGCCGGGUACCCUGCUGGGCCCUACCCAGGCCAGCCUCACCCUGGGGGUCCAGGUUACAACAACCAGCCUAUGAUGCCACCCAUGCCCCCUAUCAUUCCCCCUACGAUGCCAAGCAGUGCACUGAGCGGUAAGCCUGAACCCUCCUAUCUCACCUGGCUGGGGCUUACUCUGAGUGUUCUGUUACUACUGAAUAAGCUCCUUCACACAGUUAAAAUAAAUACUUGAUACUAUAGGUUAUACUUUAGUAGUUGAUUACCAGGCUUCUGUUCUGAUGUGAACUGACAAAUGACUCUAAUGAUGUCUCUGCUGAUGUCACAGGCGAUGGGGAGGGGUUUGCGGCAGGCAGCUUUGACAGUCUGAAAGUGCGACACUCCUUCAUACGAAAGGUGAGAACACAGCACGCACACGCACACACACAGUUAACACACACACACAAACACACAAGAAGUGUAUAAUAUUCUCUCUCUCUCUCUUUCUUUUUUCUUAGGUGUAUAUGAUCCUGGCAUCUCAGCUACUCGUCACUGUCGCAAUCGUGGCCGUCUUCACAUUUGUGUGAGUGUGUGUGUUACUAUGACUGUGUAUGACUGUGUGUUAGUGGUUUUGUGUUCCUGCACAUGUGUGUUUGGAUAACUGAGUUUCUCUUCUUUGCAGUGAAUCUGUCAAGCUGUUUGUGAUCAGAAACCCAGCUGUCUACUGGGCGUCAUUGUAAGUACUAUCCCUUAUUACUGACCUAUGGUUUUACAGUACUGUAGCUCAGUUGGUAGAGCAUGGCGCUUGCAACGCCAGGGUUGUGGGUUCGUUUCCCACGGGGGGCCAGUAUGAAAAAUGUAUACACUCACUAACUGUAAGUCGCUCUGGAUAAGAGCGUCUACUAAAUGACUCAAAUGUAAAUGUAAAAAUUGACAGCUAUACUGGCCUAUGUUUUGCAUGUGCUGUUUGAUUGACAGCUGUGUUGACCUAUGUCUUUGCAGCGCUGUGUAUUUUGUCACUCACAUUGUGCUGGUCUGCUGUAAAGGACCCAGGUGAGUCUCUUUCUUAAAGAACACCUUUGGUAAAUGUUGACAAUAUAGUUGACAACAAUGUUUUAUUGUAUUGAAGUGCUGUCCUUAUGUGGCCCCUCCCCUGUCUUUAGGAGAAAAUUCCCAUGGAAUAUCAUCCUGCUGGCCAUCUUUGUAAGUAACUAUCACUAUUACUAGUCUGUACAGAUCUGUUGAAAAAAUGGCUAGCUGGUGCUCACUACAGGCUGUCUGGCAAGAACAAGGCAGAUAUGUCCAUACCCAGAGUUUUAUUUAUCUUCGUCACCACCACACAUAGUAUGAACACACAAACUUUUCAGUGAUUUUACCUGAAAGGUAAGAACAAUUAUAAACUGGGUAGUUCGAGCACUGAAUGCUGAUUGGCUGAGAGCCGUGGUAUAUCAGAUCGUAUACCACGGGUAUGACAAAACAUUUAUUUUUACUGCUCUAAUUACGUUGGUAACCAGUUUAAUAGCAAUAAGGCACCUCAGGGGUUUGUGGUAUAUGGCCAAUAUACCACGGCUAAGGGCUGUAUCCAGGCAGCCCUUAGCCAUGUUAUAUUGGCCAUAUACCACACCCCGUAUACUCUGUUGUAAGCUAUGCAAUAGGAAUAUCUACAAGGAAAAGAAGGAUAGCACAUCAGGGUUUCACAUGAAAGAUUAGUAUAUAGAAGAGAGAUAAUAGAGAUAUAGAGAGACGAGAGCGAGAGAUCCGAUAGAAUGAGAUUGCCUCAGCACCUUUGCUUGCCGUUUAGACCCCUCACUAGAGCGAGACGAUCCCGACCUCUGAGCGAAGAGCUCCCUCGCGAUGACGCUAGGUUGACGAUGGACACAUCCAGAUCCAGACGAGACGGGCAGGAGAGGAGGAGCACUACUCUGACGAGGAGAGGAUGAGGAAGAGGGAGCCCUAGAGAUGGUUUGGUGGAGAGAGGAGAGAGAGAGAAGAGAAGAGAGAGAGAGAGAGAGAGAAUUUAGCUGACGAUAGUCUCUGAAACUUCUACAAUCUCUCGCCAUGGCUUAACAGUAGCGCGAACUAUGAAAGCGCAGCAGUAAAGUGCACAUACAGGCUGUAGGAAUGAACCAUCUCUAAACAAUAACAUCUACUGCGCAACACUCAUGCAUGAAAUGCAAUAUAGGCACUUAUAAACGACAUGCACAUGGCGUAGCUGAAAUAUACUGUACAUAAGCUGCAGCAGUACUACACAGCAACAGUUACAGAUGUAACAAGGUAAUUAGGCCUAAAGGUAAUUGCUUGCAGUCAAUCAUCAUAAUGUAGCAUUAACCCUCCCGACAAUAAACCCCACAACUCACUUCUUAGACGCACGCACAAUCUUCCUAACCAGAACUUGUGCCUUCUUCAUCUUACGACUAAAAACACUGACCUGGAGUGGGAGGGGUCAGAAGGGGAGAGUUCACUCUAACAGGACUGUGGGGAAAGUCACUGUACAGGCAUGACCUUUUUUUACCUCUGCACUGGGCCACACUAGUCUGUCAUACCGCUCUAUGGUGGCCUGCAUUGUUCUAUAUUAAUCUGUGUAUUCUGUGUUCUACAGACACUGGCCAUGUCCUACAUGACUGGGACCAUAUCCAGGUGAGAGACACACACACACACACACACACACACACACACACACACACACACACACACACUCCUGAGCGUGGUAGUAAUGUCUGUCUUGUCUCUGUGUGUCUCUGCUCUGUAGUUACUAUGACACUAAGGCAGUGUUUCUGGCUCUGGGCAUCACCGUCAUCGUGUGUAUCAUCACCACUGUCUUCUGCUUUCAGACCAAGGUAAGAGACACCUGACAAGUGUGUGUGCGUAUAUGGGUGUGUGUGUGUGAGCAAGUGUUUGAAACUUCAUAAUGUCUCUCCUCAGGUGGACCUCACCUCAUGCACAGGCCUAUUCUGUGUCCUGGGGGUCGUUGUCAUGGUGGCAGGCAUCAUCACAGCCAUUGUGCUCUCCUUCAAAUAUGUGAGUUGGCAUAUUACGCACGCACACACUAGUGGUGCGCAGGUCAGCUGUUUGCUCCCCUGCACCCGCCUGCAAUUGCUAAUAACCCAUCCACAACCUCCUGACUAUAUGUGAUAAAGUUAAAAUCUGGGGCCCGCACCCGACCCUAACCUGCAAAUAUAGAAAAUGCGCUAUAGGCUACAGUCAAAUACGGCAGAACGAAUUUUUGACAGGGGACAGGAUUUUUGUUUUUGCCUGGUUUUAGAUAUGUUUCUGCUUAUAAUUUCUGACAUUUUGGAAGGCUAUUUGUUAGUCAACUUGUCUAUAAUAAUUAGAUACAUGCAGCUUCUCUUCUGUCAAUAGGCUGUAUGUUGCCCUGGAAGACUAAAUAAACCCUUGGUUACCAGGAUAAUGUCAUAAAUCGAUCGAAUUAAUGCUUCAAUGUAGUUGACAUCGGUAAAGUUUUCUGUUAUCUUCUUUCACAGAGCAAAGACGUUUAGGGACUGGGGAAAAAUGCUAUAACAAAAAGAAAAUAAACGGGAAAGAUUUUCUGUGUCAAAUUUCCAAAUGACAUCAGUUUGACCGGUUGUAAGGAAGUAGAAAGCUGUGAAAACCUCUUAACAUGUUUCUGUUAAGUUUUCAGUUCGGCUUGGAUGCAUAUUUUAUGUGUUUGAAAUACUAUCAGCUUUUAUGAUGCUGAUAAAGAUAGCACCUCUACAGAUGGUAUCUAACUGAGCAUUCACUUUCUCUCAAGAUGCGGAAAUAAAUAAAUAAUAUUCCUCCACUCCUGUUCCCUAGUCAAAAUGUUGCCUACAGUUUGGUGUAUAAUUUUACUGCAAGACUGUGAGAGGUUAUAGACCUACAGUCAGAGUCCAAAUUUCAGUUUCCAUUUAACCCAUCUGAACAGUAGGCUACAGUUCCCUUGACGUGGCAUAGGCCUAUUUGAAGUCCCCGUCUUGUGACUGUUGAAUUUGUAUAGCGCCUCACAAUCAUAACACAUAACAUAGAAAAGUCAUGUUUGGGAAAGAUUUGGUGAAGUGGCAAAACAUUUAUUUUCUGGCCCUCCCUUCUCUUUAUUUUCUACUGUCCUUUCGUAGCUUUUCUCUUAUUGAAUUAAACUCACAUUGUCCUUUUUUGCCUCCGUGGAUUGACAUGAACUUUUUCUGCCCGUUCCCAAAAGCAUUUGGUGAUUAGCAUGUAGGCUAUUGGCACACGUACAUUUGGAUCCUAAAGCUUAGGCUUAUACACUCAUGCCAGAUAGCCUAAAAUCAUGAAAGAAAAACCUUAAUGUAGCCUAUAGAUAGAAAUUGCGCAAGAAUUAUACAUUCAUGGGUUUUUUAAAGGUAUUGUUUUGUCUUUAUUCAACCCACCCGCCACCCACCUGCCCUUCAUCCACACAAUAUUUAAUUACCCUAAACCCGUCCGCCCCGCGGGUAUAACCGCGGGGACUGCGGGUUAUGUGACACCCCACGCAUCACUAACACACACACACACACCUUUAGCUAUACCUAGUCAUGUUUGUUUUCCAUGUCUAUUGUAUGGUUCUGUGUUUUCUAAUGGUGCUGUCUCCUCCUGGCCAGAUUCCUUGGCUUCACAUGGUGUAUGCGGCCGUUGGAGCAGUAGUCUACACACUGGUGAGUACAAUACACAGGUAGAUGUAGUACAGACAGAACCACUUUAACUGUAUGAGUAUGUGUUUCUUCCUAUAACAUAUACAGUGCUAUGAAAAAGUAUUUGCCCCCUUUCUAAUUUUCUCUACUUUUGCAUAUUUGUGAUACUGAAUGUUAUCAGAUCUUCAACCAAAACCUAAUAUCAGAUAAAGGGAACAUAAGUGAACAAAUAACACAACAAUUACAUAUUUAUUUCAUUUAUUUCAUAAACAAAGUUAUGCAACACCCAAUUCCCCUGUGUGAAAAAGUAAUUGCCCCCUUACACUCAAUAACUGGUUGUGCCACCUUUAGCUGCAAUGACUCCAACCAAAUGCUUCCUGUAGUUGUUGAUCAGUCUCUCACGUCGCUGUGGAGGAAUUUUGGCCCACUCUUCCAUGCAGAACUGCUUUAACUCAGUGACGUGUGGGUUUUCAAGCAUGAACUGCUCUUUUCACGUCCUGCCACAACAUCUCAAUUGGGAUUAGGUCUAGACUUUGACUAGGCCAUUCCAAAACUUCCAAUUUGUUGCUUUUUAGCUAUUUUCAUGUAGACUUGAUUGUGUGUUUUGGAUCAUUGUCUUGCUGCAUGACCCAGCUGCGCUUCAGCUUCAGCUCACAGACGGAUGGUCUGACAUUCUCCUGUAGAAUUCUCUGAUACAGAACAGAAUUCAUGGUUCCUUCUAUUAAGGCAAGUCGUCCAGGUCCUGAGGCAGCAAAGCAUCCCCAAACCAUCACACCACCACCACCAUGCUUGACCUUUGGUAUGAUGUUCUUACUGUGGAAUGCAGUGUUUGGUUUUCGCCAGGCAUAAUGGGACCCAUCCCGUCCAAAAAGUUGAUUCAAGUUUGCCAAAAAGCACCUGGAUGAUCUUCAAGACUCUUGGAAGAACGUUUUAUGGACAGAUGAUUCAAAAGUAUAACUUUUUGGAUGACAUGGUUCCAGUAAUGCCUGGCUAAAACCAAACUCUGCAUUCCACAGUAAGAACAUCAUACCAAAGGUCAAGCAUGGUGGUGGUGGUGUGAUGGUUUGGGGAUGCUUUGCUGCCUCAGGACCUGGACGACUUGCCUUAAUAGAAGGAACCAUGAAUUCUGUUCUGUAUCAGAGAAUUCUACAGGAGAAUGUCAGACCAUCCGUCUGGUCAAAGUCCAGACCUAAUCCCAAUUGAGAUGUUGUGGCAGAACUUGAAACGAGCAGUUCAUGCUUGAAAACCCACACGUCACUGAGUUAAAGCAGUUCUGCAUGGAAGAGUGGGCCAAAAUUCCUCCACAGCGACGUGAGAGACUGAUCAACAACCACAGGAAGCAUUUGGUUGGAGUCAUUGCAGCUAAAGGUGGCACAACCAGUUAUUGAGUGUAAGGGGGCAAUUACUUUUUCACACAGGGGAAUUGGGUGUUGCAUAACUUUGUUUAUGAAAUAAAUAUGUAAUUGUUGUGUUAUUUGUUCACUUAUGUUCCCUUUAUCUAAUAUUAGGUUUUGGUUGAAGAUCUGAUAACAUUCAGUAUCACAAAUAUGCAAAAGUAGAGAAUUACUUUUUCAUAGCACUGUAUGUAUAAAAUAUAUUGCUGAUAUAUUGUGGUUUGUAGUGAUGGUAUUUCUGACACAUUGUUUGUAGUUGUGUUGUUAGUGUUAUCUAUGUAACUUUUUCUUGUCUGUAGUGACUUAUUGCUGGUAUAUUACUGAUAUAUUGCUAAUAUAUUUUCUGAUAUCUUGCUGGUGUAUUUCUGUGUGUAGUUUCUUGCGUACCACACACAGCUGUUGAUCGGCAAGGGGAAGAACUCUAUCAGUCCAGAGGAGUAUGUGUUUGCAGCGCUCUCCAUCUACAUCGACAUCGUCCAGAUCUUCCUGUGCCUGCUGCAGCUUAUUGGUGCAGCCAGCAGAUGAAUCACUGGAAACAACGUUCCCUCCCAUCCCCACCCCCCAGAGACAGGCAGACUCAGCUCACCAGAGUGCAACUGCACUCACUAUAGAAUUAGAAUGAGUAGUAUGGAAAUACUGGUGUACCUACCACAGAACGUUGUUUUGAAUGGGAACGUUCUUUCUACAAAUUCUAAUUCUAUGGUAUUGACUACGCAAACACACAUAUUUAGCACUUUUCAUCAAGUCUACUCUUCUGCUAAAAUGUAUCUGCUUGCAAAGACAUAUGUAGUAAUAUAUCAGUAUAGACACCAGUGGUGUAAAGUAACUAAGUAAAAUACAUUGAAGUACUAUUUAAGUUGUUUUUUGGGUAUCUGUACUUUACUAUAUCUAUUUUUGACAACAUUC